ACGGUUCAAUUUUUUUAAAAAGUUUCAGAUAGAUAAGUGGGACUUAGGUUAUUCUUUAUUUGUGUUUAACUUCAUGUCAUUAUUGUUAUGAUUAUGUUCCUUGUAUGGUGAUUACGAAACGAGAUUGCAGUGGUAAAAGAAAGACCCCCUAUGGUAGCUAAAAACUUUCGAUAAGAACAACGAAAGAUUUUGAAAUUACACUAAAGACGAAAUUGAGUAGACGGCAGUUAUCCCACUUUCUGGGCCCUCUGCGUCACAAGGAAUCGUAGAAAUGUUUCGCCACUUGGCCUGGGGCGGUGGUGCUGUUUUCAAUCAUGCCUGAGACCAGGUGUUCAAUAGGUGAAUACACAGUCGGCCAACCUCCCCCUUUACCCCAAUUCUAUGAAUUUAAAAGAGAUAGUAUAAAUAUGAUUUUUUUGUAGACGAUUAUUCAUGGCGUCAGCUUGGGAUGACGAGGAUACCGACCAAUAUACGAUGCCGCAACAACCAAGACUGGGUCGGCCAAAUUCAGACCGAAGAGGGAAAGAGCGGAAGAAAGAUACACGACUUACAAGAGAGAAAUUCGAAGAAUAUUUAGGCUUAGAUCCAAAUGAGAUAUUGAUACAACUUACUAGGGCCAAUGGUGGCUUAAAAAGUUUUUUAGGAAAUGGGGCGCUUGAUUCUAAACUUAUACCAGUGGCCAUGAAAAGUUUUAGCAAAGCCUGUCAAUGUGAAUUAGCAGAGGAAGAAAAGAAUCAUCUCUUGAGCUGCAUUUUAGACUCUCCAUUCAUAGAUCAGCUCAUGUUAUACUACUUCCACGACACGGUAACACCUGAACUCUUGGAAAACACCAUGGAAGUUAUGUUGUCCAUUAUGAGGAAAAUGCCAGCCGCCGGAAAAAACAAAAUUGAUUUACUUUUGCAAAUUAUAGGCAAAAGGGAUAAUUUGGGCGAAGAAUCGACAAGGAAACUGCAGGAUAUUCGAUCUAUCCUGAAAACAAUCCCCGAUUCAAAUGAAGGAAUAAGGCAAAGACGUCCGGACAAUGAUAACGACGCUCCCCCGGAAGACUUCAGGAACUUAACAAUUAUACCACGUGCAUGCGACAUAGACGUCAGCAAAGAACCAUUUUUAAGGAAGAACAAAACAAACGAUCGAUAUGACAAUCAUGAUCAUUAUUUGGACGUGCAAUUCAGACUGCUUAGAGAAGAUUUGAUAGCUCCUUUGAGAGAGAGCAUUAGUGAAUUCCGAAGUCAUGGUAGUAACACUGAACGUUCAACUUUAAAGGCCUAUUUGAAGGUCAGAUUAGUUCGUCCCGUAUGUAGAUUAAACGGCCUUGGGUAUCGAAUAAGCUUUGACACUAACCAAAUAGCGCGUGUAAAUUGGGACACAAGCAGGCGUCUCAUCCACGGGUCGCUUCUGUGCUUGUCAACUGAUAAUUUUCAAACGUGUGUUUACGCCACAGUCGUGAAUCGAGAAAUAGACAAUAUCAAAAAUGGACUUAUUGACGUUUGUUUCGAAUUCUCGGAGGUAGAUGACUUGAACGACUUUGUUGACUCUAACCAAUCCUCGACAUUCGUUAUGGUUGAAUCCCCGUCAUAUUUUGAGCCAUACAAACAUGUUCUAAUAGCAAUGCAACGGAUGGGAGAAAAUAACUUUUCUUUCUAUCGAUACAUUGUAGAAGGUGCAAAGGAUGUAUAUCCUCCGGCAUAUUUACGACAAAAUGUAACUCUAAGUUAUGAUCUUCGACCUCUAGCAGAUAAUGGCUAUCGUUUUGCGGACAAUGACGAUGGUUACACAUUUAAUCAGAAGUUAGAUGGAUUACAAGAAGUUGAUAUCCUUGAUGAUGCGGCAUGGCCUACGGCAGAUGAACUAAACUUAGACCAAUCCCAAUCAGUUGCAUUCCGAAACGCAUUAUGUAGAGAAUUUGCCAUAAUUCAGGGCCCCCCUGGAACUGGUAAGACUCACCUUGGAUUGAACAUAUUAAAAAUCCUUCUUCACAACCGAAAUAUUUGGCAGACUGAUGAGAACAAAACUCCAAUAGUGGUCAUUUGUUACACGAAUCAUGCUUUGGACCAAUUCCUGUGUGGCGCGUUGGAUUUCUUUGAUGGUAAAAUGGUUCGGGUGGGGUCCAGAAGUAAAAACGAAAAAAUAAAAGAAUUUUCCAUCACAAAUCACAGAAUACGAUCACGACAACUGAAGCAAGUUAGUCAGGCAGUUCAUGUUUCCAGAUACAACAUGAAAAUAGAACUGGAUAAUUUAAAGAAGGAAAUAGAAUUAAAUGCCGUCCAGCUUGAAAUUGCUCAACGGGAAAUAAUCCAAGAGAGUUGUUUUAAGGAUGAAUCUAUAAUAGAAGAUAUGCAUUUUCAACAGUUGAAAUCGAGAAAUGGGCUACUUCAUUGGCUUGGGAUACAAAAUGACCUGGAAAAGAUACACGACAUUCCACCACAGGCACAGCAUGGACUAGAGCAAGAUCAAUUUGAGGAUUCAGAAUCUGACGAGGGAGUUGAUGAUACAGAUGAAUUACAGAUGUCUGAUUUCGAAGAUAUGCGCCUUUUGGACGACGAUGAUCUAGUGGGAAUUGACGCUGAGGUGGAAGUUAUUAAAUCUUCAAUAACAGCGUUGAAUGUAUCUCAGUUAGACAAUCUGAUUAUCGCAAAUAAUGACAUGGACGGGAAACGAAAACGGGUCAAACUGAGAUAUCUCAAACAAAGCAUCCGAAAGAAGAUAUCAUCGGCAGAAACGAUGACUAAAGAUGAAGUAAACGGCGUUGCGGAUUUGAGAAAAUUAAAAUAUCCAGAUAGAUGGCGACUGUACAGAUAUUGGAUACGAAUAUUUGUGAAAGUUGUUAUGGAAAAGUUGAAGGAUAAGGAAUUACAAUAUGGAAAACUAGCCAAAAGAUAUAAUGAAAUAAUGCUAAUAGAAGACAAAGAUAUAAUGCAAAAUGCUACAAUCGUUGGACUGACAACCACUGGGGCAGCUCGUUAUCAGGCUGUGUUGGCAGAUAUUGGUCCAAAAAUUGUCAUAUUUGAAGAAGCUGCAGAAGUUUUGGAAGGUCACAUAGUGGUGAACCUCUGCAAGAAGUGUGAGCAUGCUAUCUUUAUAGGUGACCAUAAACAACUCCGUCCAAACCCAACCGUUCACAAGCUUGCGAAGGAAUUUAAUCUGGAAAUUUCCCUUUUCGAAAGACUUAUAGGUAAUAAUAUUCCAUAUGACACACUGAAACUUCAACAUCGUAUGCGUCCUGAAAUAUCUACGAUCAUACACAGUAUUUACCCUGACCUGAAAGACCAUGAUGUUGUUAAGAAUUAUGAAGAUAUUUUAGGCGUGGACAGAAAUAUAUAUUUCAUUAGCCACUGCCAACCAGAUGAAGUAAAUUGUGAGACGACGACCCGUGUUAACCAAUUCGAAGGAAAAUAUUUGAAGGCGUUAUGCAAGUACCUGAUGAACCAGGGUUAUCGUCCACAGAGAAUAACAAUUUUAGCUACAUAUUCUGGCCAGCAGCAUUAUCUUUCAUCAAUCAUGAGGAAGGAACAGUAUAAAAACGUACGAAUCGCCACCGUAGAUAGUUAUCAGGGUCAGGAGAAUGACAUAAUACUUCUAUCCUUAGUAAGAAGCAGUCAAGAAGAUGGGAUAGGAUUUUUAUCCCAAAAUAAUCGACUAUGUGUUGCGUUUUCAAGAGCUAAAAUGGGAUUCUAUGUCAUAGGUAACUUCGAACACUUGCAAAAGCACAGUCCUCUAAUUAAGGAAAUGACCGGAAAAGCUCACAAAAACAAAAUCAUAGACGAGUGUUUACCACUGAGUUGCCCUAUUCAUGGUUUUCUCAUUAAAGCUACACAACCUGGGCAUUUCAAAAUUUCCAGUGGCGGCUGUAAGAAACAAUGCAAUACACGAUUGAAAUGUGGGCACCAAUGUACCCGAAUAUGUCAUGGUAACGAUCGAAAUCACCAAGAUGUCCAAUGUUCCAAUAAGUGCGUAAGACAAUGCGACAAUAGUCAUCCUUGUCAAAAAUUGUGCUUUGAGAUAUGUGGACCUUGUAUGAUACCGAUGACAAAAACUAUUCCGAGAUGUGGGCAUGAGGUGGAUGUACCUUGUUCUGAAGAACCAUGGAAAGCUAAAUGUACUGCUACGAUGACGAAGACAUUGCCUUGUGGGCAUAAAGGCAAAGGUAUCUGCUCCCCUCUGCUGGAGACUAAAUGUAUGGCUAUGGUUGAGGUAGAUCGCGAACGCUGUGGUCAUAAAAUAAUUAUACCUUGUCAUGAAAAAGAUUCGAGUAAAUGCAACCACCUUUGUGGCGAAACGUUAAAGUGUGGUCACGACUGUAAAGGCACAUGUGGAGAUUGUUAUAAAGGGAAGCUCCACAUGCCAUGUCAAGAGCGAUGUGGAAGAACUCUAAUCUGCGGGCAUAUCUGUUUGGAUGCGUGUUCCGUUUGCCCCCCAUGUUACCAGUCCUGCAUUAACAAAUGUAAGCAUAACGAAUGCACCAACAAAUGUGGCGAACCCUGUAUCCCUUGUAAUGAGGGGUGUAAAUGGCGAUGCAGACACCAUGUAUGCACAAAACGCUGCAGCGAAUUGUGCGACCGAGUGAAAUGUGACGAACCAUGCAGGAAACUAUUGGCUUGUGGUCACCAAUGCAUUGGACUUUGUGGCGAAUAUUGUGGCGAACCUGGUCAACAAAUAUGUAGAGUGUGUGAUCGUGAUAAGUUAGAAGAUUUACACAUAUGGGGAGAGGAAGAUGUUAACGUGUCUAGGUAUAUUUACUUAGAAGAUUGUUGUCAUAUUUUUGAAGUUAAUGGAUUGGAUAAAUUAAUGGAGACGGAUCCAACAGCAGAUAGUGAAAUAGGUAUUAAACGAUGCCCUAUGUGUAACACGAUGAUAAUCAAGACAUCAAGAUAUGGAAAUAUAGUAAAGAAAGCUCUUCAACACGUUCAUAACAUAAAAACCAAGAUUGUUGGUGCCUCCGUACGUAUUGCAGAUCUUAAGAAAAAAAUUGAAGAAAAGAGACGGGUUUCAAACGAGCUCAGGUCAUUUAUUCAACGAAUAUAUGGAGAUGAUGAAAUUGAAGCUGAAAACAAACUACGGGCCGUUGUGUCACAGAUAAGCAUAUAUGAAAAUAUAACAUCUCGCUGUCAACAACUUGACAAUACAAGAAGACAACUGGGUCUCGAUGAAGACUACUUUAAGACAGUUCUAGUUUUCGUGCAUCAGAUGAAAGAGUGGGUCAGCAUCAGGAGAACAUUGUUUUCAGAGCAAGAGGUACAUGAUGCCAAGGCAGGGCUGAAAAAGCUAAAGAACUGGGUUAUAUUAUCCGUAGGUCGUGCCAGAACCAGCGAUAAAGUUGAUAAAAUACCGGCCCAGUUCAUGGGACGUUUGGCUUCCGCAAUUCGAGAAAUGGAGACGGAUCAUACUAUUCCCGAUGAUGACAUGACAUUGAUGAUUGAGACCAUUGAACAAUACAUACCAAGGAGUACUCUAGGUAUCACAGAUCAAGAGAGGUUAAAUAUCGUUGCUGCUAUUGGUGGAAGAAAGGGUCAAUGGUAUCAGUGCAGAAACGGACACUAUUACUCAAUUGGCGAUUGUGGUAGACCAGAUGGAACUGCUAAUUGUCCUGAGUGUCAUGAAAUUAUAGGUGGAGAGAACCAUGCACUACACGCUGGCAAUAUAGAGGCUCCCGAAAUGGAUGAUGCACAGGGCCCACUACAUACAGAAGAAAGUGAUUAUCUUUAUGCUUUACAGUUACAGUUUGAAUAAAUAUUAUAAUGAGAAGUCAUAAAUCCCUUAGCUAUAUAUGAAAGAGGGGUUCCUGCAUUGGUCUACAACCAAAUUAAAUAUUUUCGACUCCCAAGUCUCCUAUUUAAAAGUACUUUUUUCGAAACACCCAGCGCUCUACGGGAACGCAAUUUUCUUUUACACAUUCUGCUGGCAUAGUCCACUUGUUAGAACACUAAUUUGAUCUGAUUUUAUUCCGACUUCGUUUAUUGACGUAGCAGACUACAAUAUUGCGAAAGUUGAAUAUAUAAUAGGAAUAUCAGCCCAAAAAUGGUUCGAUUCCAUUCAGUAUUUACAAAGGGUGAUUUAACAAUUUAGCAACACCCGACUUCCCCUGUAGAUGAUAUGAACAAGACGGGACCAUUUACAAGUCUCAGGCAAAAUCUCUUGAUGGGCCUCUUUUUGAUCUGAUGUAACCCAAGCCGGAAGAUUAUCUACCGUUUAUAUGUUAAACAUACAUUAUUCUUAAACAUACAUUAUGUAAGAUUUAGAUAAAGAUCUGGCCGUUCUUGCUAUAAUAGUUGAAAAUAAGAUAAUGAAAAAUGAAUAUAUUGAUAAUUUUAUUCAAAUUACUUUAUUCUGAGCGAAGUUAUCACUGUUUGUAGUUUUGACAAGAUGCUGGUUAUUCGAUUCUGAGGCUCGCCUUUCCAGUAUUAAAUUAAAUCAUUGAAUGACCGAACCGUUCGAAUCUACUUAAAAUCGGAGCACCUAGAAUUAAUUAUGGCCGUGUCAUGUUAAUAUAAUUUAUAUAACAUUUAAGGCCUAAAAAGACCUGCAAAAGGCGGAUUUAGCUCUUGAAUAAUGCCCCUUUAAUUAAAUAAUCCGUUUUAAUACAUUUAGAAUAGAUUUCUCCAAAAACAAAUACAAAUACCGUUCCACGGCUUUAAUAUGUGUGUAUAUAUGAUAUUUAUAUGAUGUAUUAUAAUUGGUUGACACCAUUAAUAUAUUAUCAAGUUUUAUCUUAACUUGAUAUAUUUCAGUUUUACUAUAUGUAAUAAUUUAAUAUUCACACCAUUCAUUUAAUAUCAACUUUUAUUUUAUAUUGAUAUAUUUGUGUUUUACAUACAUUAUUCGUAAUAAUUUAAUAUUCUGUAUUAGUUGUACAUAUAUUAGUAAUAUGACUUUAUGUAAUGACUUAUUUCUCUAUAUUGGUGUCGUUAAAGGGCACAACGGUGUCGAUUUCUUUCAUAUUCCUUCAAUAGAUAUUUGAAUUUUCUUAUGUAAUCGAAAAUGUCCCUUAUAGAAUCGUAUUGUUGUGUAUAGAACAUAUAAAGAACAACAUUAAAUCGUGAAUAUCCGUACCGGGCCCUUAUUCACGAAAACUUAAACUAAGAUACAAUCGAAAUUUUAAGAAAUACUGCAAUUCGAUUGGCUGACCAGUAAAAUCAAUUUGCAUAUAUCCAAUUUGCAUAUUGGUCAGCCAAUCGAAUUGCAGUAUUUCUUAAAAUUUCGAUUGUAUCUUAGUUUAAGUUUUCGUGAAUAAGGGCCCCGAAAAGAAUUAACAUUUCAGGAAAACUAACAGUGUGUUCGAAAUCAGAAUUGUUAAAUAGAAGUUCAUGAAGGACAACCUAUGGGAUAUAUAUAGUGAAAGAAACACCAGAAUACAGGAAAAUUUAGCACUUUGCGAAAUUCAAAUAAAUAAUUUGUGAUCAGACAACAAAUCUGAAUCAGUUAAUCAUAGAUUAAAAGAGCUUGCAACACGAAAUGGCCAAAUUAACUACAACAAUAAAUUAUACAAAUUCUAAAUCUAAGAUGCGCAUUUUAUGGGUAUGGUAAAAAGCUCUCAUCAGUUAAAUUUGACGCGUGGCAAUCGAAAGACCAAUGCGAAGAUAUUAAUAUUUUUUCAAUUUUUGAAUGACAAAAGGAUGGUAUCUGUUCCAACUAAAAACAUUCGCUCAUUUUAAAGUCAUGCAUCGAAAGGUUUAGUAGGGUAAAAAUCUUAAAUCUUGGACGCAGAAAACUACAAUGGCAGACAGGGCGCGUAGUUUAAAAAAGAAUUCCACUUACGAAUUUAUGUUGUCUUUAUAUAUCUAUUCAGACCCAUAUGUCAAAAUUAUUAUAGAAUGUAUAAAUUAUAAUAAUAGUACCCCGCCCCCUCCCCUCCCCCUACUUGACAAAUUUUAUUACAGUUUAUCGGUCAUAAUGUAUACUAUAUAUUUUGUGAUGUACUCACUGUAUUCUACUCUUUUGCUGCUGUAAGUUUUGUAUAGUUGAGGAGAUAGUAUAAUUUCUAUCUUUCGAUAUUAAAUGUUUUAUGUACAUUAUCAAAGCAAUGUAUCAUAAGGCGGCAGAAUUAGAGAAAUCAAAAUGCCCACCCCCGUCCCCUCAAACACACCCACACACCCACUGCGACUUAUCUUUUGAAAUAAAUCAGGUUAUAAUCGCUACUUCUUCAAGGUAGUGGUUAGUUUUAUAAUCUUCCGUGUAUAAAAUUAUAUUAGAACUAUUUCGUGCAGUGAAGACUCUUCAGUAAACACUGAAAUGAAAUGGGGUUUCACGUCCUACUUUUGUGCACCGACUGGGAUAAUGAAGAUAGGCAUACGCCAUAAACUUACUGUGCUAUGUGGGUUAUUUUGCCCGGACAACGACACCACAGCUAAUCGUAUUUCAAAUUCCAACUGCCAAGGGUUCUUUUACGUACAUGCCAAUGUGUAAACUAAAGUUUGGUUUUUGGCCCACCCUAACGAAUAGACACGUCCGACCCCACGCCCUUCACCAAUGACAAGCACAAACCACGUCGGAAAAUCCCGAGGAACUUUCUCGGCUAACACCCGGAGCGGGCCCGAAAUCCCCUGCUCUUACUGAGCCACUGCGACUUCCUCUUUUAAAAGAAUCAGAGUUUAAUUGAGUAAAAGGUUAUAGAAUUAAACAUGCCUGAUAGAUGCCUGAGCUCAAAUGUAUCCUUCAAUAUAGGGCUUACAUUGAUAUUUGGACGUUUAAAUACUACGGAUUAUUUUAUAAUGGUAUCUGCCAAACUAUGUGUGUCUGUGUGAUUAUAAUAAUUCUAACAAUGGACCUAUUUGGUUUGACAAGCGCUAUAACAAUGAAUUCAGUCCAUACAUGUAUAGGUCGAUCUGCUACAAAUAAAUUAAGAUUAAACGUUA